GCUUGCAAUUAAUUCAUCAACAAUCGUGCGAACAAGUUGUCUGCGGGCGGACGGUGCACUUUUUGUUUUAAUAUUAUUUAUUUCCUUGCCGCAGGAAGUAAACUAGACAUUCCGUUGAGUUCGUCGCUUAAACCGGCGUUACAGCAUACAUACAUAGUAGAUUGUUACAACUCGAGCCAAUUGCAUCAUUAAUCGCAGAUUCACAGUAAGAAGUCGUCUGUUAACCAGCAGCUAUGGACCACGCCCAUCACAGUGCGCCCGGUGUUGAUCACUCGAUGCAUCACGAUCAUGCGGGCAUGCACCACGAUCACAGCGGAAUAGCUGCUGCCACGGCGUCUCCAAUGGAUGCAGCUUCCAUGUUCGACCUGAUCCCCGACACCAGCGAUUUGCAGGCGAGUCACGCGGGUCACGCCGCUCACGGAGCUCACAACCAUGGCGGUGGCUCUGGCACGGGAAUGGAGCACAUGAUGCCCAUGGCGUUCCAUUUUGGCUACAACGAGACGAUCCUGUUCUCCUGGUGGCACAUAGAAACAGUGGCCGGUUUGGUCGGCUCCAUGAUCGCCAUCUUCCUGCUGGCCCUGAUGUACGAGGGACUGAAGUACUACCGCGAGUAUCUGUUCUGGAAGACAUACAAUCUGCUGGAGUAUCGACCUGUGACGGGGCCACAAAGAAAUCCGGAGGCACCGCGCAUACCAUCGCCGGCAGCAGCAGCUCCAUCGCCCGUGCAAUACGUGGGCGAAGUUGUGCACAAGCAACCACCUUCGAUGCUGUCGAUUAACCACCUGCUCCAGACGCUGCUGCACGUGCUCCAGGUGACCCUGUCCUUCCUGCUCAUGCUGAUCUUCAUGACAUACAACGUGUGGCUCUGCCUGAUGGUUGUCCUGGGCGCCGCCGUUGGCUACUUCCUCUUCUGCUGGAAGAAAUCGGUUAUCGUGGACGUUACCGAGCACUGUCACUAACAGAGAACGACUCCCGGUAGCCUAAGUCGCUGUUGUCUUACAGAGAUGGAAACGGAGACGGAGGCGGAGGCGUUGGAGGAGCAGAUGUCCAUCUGAAUGAAAGGCAGAUGCAUUGGUGCUAAGCUGGGAAUCCCAGGAAGCUCUCACCCCCACAGGAAAAAAACACACACACUAUCACACUUCAACACACCCUGCAGCACUUGCUGUUCUCUAGGUAUUAGCCUAUAAACUAAACUAAAUCGAUGCAACCGCUGCAUAGUUUGCAAUCUUUAAUAUACUGACAUCGAGAUCAAGAUCAUACAUACAUAUAGUCUAUGCUAUUAGUGAAAGAAAAAAGUGUAAUGUAUACAAGAGAACAAAUUGAGCGACUGGCUAGCGAAUUGUAUAAAGUUAAGCAAUGCAAAUAUUAAUUAUUUUUACGUUGCUACUCAAUCUACAUAUGUGCGCAGGAUUCCCCCCAAAAAGCAAAUAUUUUUUUUGAUCAUUACUACUGAUAUACACCAAUUUGUAACCCUAUUAUACGAUUAUGAUUAUUAUUAUUUGGUAAUAAACUUCAUUCUUUUUAUAUAAAUAUAUA